GACAGCAUUUCAUGUCCUGCAAAAGGCAGAUAGAAUCUAUUAACAAAUUCUGUUAAUUAACAAGGGACAGACAAAUCUCCUGACUUAGUAAUUGUUUAAAAGCUAAAUAUUUGUUCCAGGACAAGUGAGUUUAUUUGAUGAGUUAGUUAAAACACAUGAUUGGGUAUCUGUGAACAGAUACAAUAAGAUACUAAGCAGCCAGCUUGCUUUUGUGGAGUAAAAUCAGAAUUUGCUUUAGAGAGACAGGAAUAGUUUAGAUAACGUAGAGGGCAUUUGUUUAUUUGUUUUGAAUUUUUUUUUUACUGUUUGCUGGGGUUGUCUACAUUGCAGAAACUGAUGCUAAUUAAAUCUAGCCAAGUACUAAUAUUGUAUUAAGACAGAAGCUAGAAAGAGUUGGUAAUGAAUGAGAACUAAAAUGAGUUAUCUUACCUAUGUAUUAACCUUUCUGAAAGGGAAAGAAGUGAUUGUUGCAAAUGCAGUCAUAGCCAUCUUGACAAUUGGUGGGCAGCAACUCUUCUCCUUUUUUACAUUUAGCUGCCCCUGUCAUGUUGGGCAGAAUCUCAUUUAUGGUUUAGCUUUCCUAGGAGUCCCUGCACUGAUUCUUCUGAUUGUUGGAUAUGCGUUGAAUAAUCAGACUUGGAGGCUAGUUACAGGCAAACGCUCUUCCUAUCAAGAACUGAGUGCACGUAACAGCUUAUUGCAAUGCAAGCUUAUCUGUCUUGUCCUCUGUAAUGUCACGGGGAGAGCACUAGUUGCUCCAGUAACAUGGCUAGCGGUCACCCUGCUGAAUGGGUCCUAUUAUGUUUGUGCAAUGAGUGAGUUUGUCUCAGUGAAUCAUUACAAAGCUUUCAUCAAUAUCACUACUAAGGAACACAAGAAGAUCCUGGCUGCCUUUCCAUGUAGCCACUUAGUUCCUCCAGAGCUGAGCCGGGCAAAAGAUGAAGCGAUUCUUCUUCUUAAGUACCAGUCGCAGGUGGCUGGCUGGUUCCUGAUUGCAGGGGUAGCCAUUACUGUCUUCCUGUCCUAUUGUCUGGCAAGAUGUCUCUCUCCACUCAGCUUCUUGCACCUCAAGUACUGGGCUAGUUACGUCCGUAAUGAGCAAAAACUCUUUGAAGAAGCAGCAGACCUGCACUCAAGGCUCUAUGCCACACAACACAUCAAGAAGUUCUUUGGUUUGGUCCCAGGGAGCAAGGAUUUGAGGGAAAUCCGUAUCCCUUCCUGUAAAGACUGGCGAUCCAUUUCAGGUGUUGCUGUCCUAAGAAUUGUAGAUGAAGAACAUUAUGACUACAGCCUCCUUCACGACUGGGCAGUCAACAGCUCCACAAAUGGAAAAUAUUUUAAGAUUGAAGAAUCUAGCUCUAAGAACUCUGAGCCUCCACCAUCAACUUAAAGAAAAUAUUAAUGUCUUUUUAAUUUUACAUGAACUCCAGGUCAUCUCAAAGCAGGGGAGUUCCUAGUUUCCUCAUCUUGCUCUUUACAGUAGCACAUGCAGGUGCAUUCACUGUUGAAUCUUGACUACAUGGUCUGCUUUUAAGAGUGCUCUUUCAUAUACUUGCCCUCUUGAGGACACCCUCGUGAUGAGGCAUGAUACUAUACACUUGAGAUUUGAAAGGCUUCGGUGAUCUCACUCGAUACUGUAAAAGAAGCCAAGGGCAGUGGAAAAUGCAAACUGAAAAGCAGUAUAUUCCACCACUUUCUCACUAUUUCUUUUUUUAAAUGUGUUUACUUUUAAUCCUGAUCUAUCAUCGUACUAGUGAUGACUAACUAAACAGGAUCCAUCUCUUCUCCUUCCUCCCAUAAAAAAAGGAGAGAGAUAGCGAACUGUCCUAUACCAGUGACUCAAAAUGGCAAAUAUUCUUUCCUCAUCUACAUUGCAUGUCAUUCAUAAAAUACAACACAAUGUUAAGUACAAGCUUAAGUGUAUAAUAAUGUGCAGCUAUGGAUAUUGUUACUGGAGACUUUUACAGAAAGCUUGUUGGUCACAGACUGAAAUCUUAUACUACUGACUAAAGACUUUUUCAUUUAUACUAAAUGGAGACUGCUAAAACUGGACUGAAUAGGAGAGGGGGCCAUAUACUUUACUAACCCACUGCAUUAACACUUUACAUCUGAAUUAAAGUGUUGUCUCUGAUCAAAAAUGAAUAGUUCAGCUUUAUCCUUUUAUGCACACUUCUAUGCUUCUCACUUCCACAUGUGUUAACUCACUGAAUAAUGAAAUAAGGAGAAACUUUUCCUAAAUACUGUAUUUUAUGUAUGUUCCUCUCUUCCCCCUUUCUGUGACAGUUGGUUUUGUGUUGUUUCCCCAGUGGUUUUGUACUAAUAAAAACAAAAAAGGGACUGAUUACUUGAAAUUUGUCUUUCAUGUCAUAACAUUUACUCUUACUGGAUGCAAUGAAAGAAGGAUGCUACUUGUUGAUGCACAGAACUUGUUAUAGAUGGGGUAGUUUAAUGUGUAGUAAGCUUUGUUAUGAAUUGUUCACCAACCACUUUGUAUUAACUUAUCUGUAAAUUCUUAUCUUGAAGGACUAGUCCCUUUUGAAAGAUAGCUUGCUCUUGACACUUGACACAUACCAGAAGUAGAACUGAGGGAGGACAGCGGUGACCUGCACAGCAGGCCUUGGUGCUGACUUGGUGGAGGAGGAUUGCAAAAAUAGCUGUUGGUAUCAUUGGUGCUUCACAACCAGUGGCAUCCUGUGCACUGCUACUGCUUAGG